AUGGAAAUUCAAUACAUUUUGAACAAUGAACCUUCAACUGUUACAUAUUUUGUACUUGAAAAAGAACCUGAAGAAGAUAUUUUUACUAAUGGCUCUUCAAUUGUAGCCAAAAUUUUGAAUAUAAGAAAAUCUCAUGAGGCCUAUUCAGAUUCAAAACAUUUGCACAAAGUUUCAAAUAUAAUGAGAUUAGAUAAUGCAUAUGAAAAUAUUAAUACUAAUACUGCAAAUCAAUUAAUCACACAAAUUACAAGUAAUGAUUCUGGACAAACUGUUAGAAGAAGAUUUCAAAGAGCAAAUAUGAAUAUUCAAUGGAGUAACACUUAUAAUACAAAAAAACAAAGUUUUAAUUAUGAUUGUUUAUUGCCUAUGAUUGAUCAUAAAAACUGGAUACCAGAUGAGUUGCACUUAAUGCUUAGAAUCAGAGAUAUAUUAUUAGAAUGUUUAUUUUCAGAUCUUUGUAGAAAUUUAAAAAAAUUUGAAAAUGAAAUGGCUAAUAGAAUAAUUGAAGAAACCAGAAGAAUUGGAAUAACCAAAUUUGAAUUUUAUGAUUUAAAAAGUUCUAAAUGCAACUGGACAACCUUAAAUGGAUCAGAUAAAUUGAAAUUUUUAGAAUUUUUUCUUGUUUCUAAAUUUUAUAAUAAUGAAAAGGGGAUUAACAUAGAAAAAAUGUGGAGAGAAUUUGUAUGUUUGUAUAAAUUAAUUAGAAAAACUGCAUUGAGUGAUAUUGAAAUAGAUAAUUUUCAAAAAGAUGUUAAACAAUGGAUUAAAACAUUUACUAAUAUAUAUCGUAGUGAGGAUGUUACUCCUUAUAUGCAUGUGUUUGCCAUGCAUAUACCACAAUUUUUAAAAGAAUUAAAAAAUCAAGCAUUAUCAUUGCGUGGUGUUGAUGUUGAUUCAGGAGAUGAUGACAAAGAUGUUAUUGAUUGA